AUGUCCCGCCAGGUCGGGUUUAACCUGGAGAGCAUAUCUUUAUCCUCUUCUUCUUCUUCAGAGGAGGAGGAGGAGGAGGAGGACGAUGCGUGUGUUUUCGAAGCGCGAACGAAGGAAGAAACGGAAACGAGGAAAGUUUUGCGUUACGACGCGGAGGAUGUCACGACGACGACGAAGAACAAUCAUCAUCAUCAUCCGUUCGCGUCGUCGAACAAGGGCGAAAGUGGUACUCUUCUGGAUGCGCACGAGAGAAACGUCCGAGAAGUUUUGAGGAAAGCGAUUUGCGUCGACGAAGAAGGAGAGUAUUCGUCCGAUUUUGAAGAAGAAGAGGAAAAAAGGACGGAGGAAGCGACGAAAGAAGACCGAGAGAAAGAAGAAGAGAAAGAAGACUUUAACGCAGCGCCGGCAUCGACGACAACAACGACGACGACAGCGACGUUUUUGGGACCGAAGCCACCGCCGAGACGGUUUCAGUCGGCGUUUGACAUCGCUCGAAAAGCGCUGAGAAGAGAGGAACAUUUUUUAUCGGCGACGACGACGAUUCAGACGACGAGUACUGAUGCAACGCUCGUCGUGGACGCGCACGCGUUUGGCGGGAAAGCAUUUCGCGGGUCGUGGGCGGGAACGUCCGGGAGAUUUGCGUUUUGCGACGGGUCGAAGAUUGUCGAGCGAGCGGUCGUACCAGUUGAAGAUGUUUGUGGACUCGAAGGCGAGGAAGAUGGUGUAGACGAAGAGGAAGCGAAGAGAGCGAUGAUGACGUUCCAAGCGCGGGCGAUUAAGAACGGUUUGAAAUGUUUCGAGGCGUUUUCGGAAAAAGAGGUGGAUCCUCGAUGCCGUUUAACCGUUCCCGCCGAGGACGUGAAGGAGUUUUGUCGAGUGCAUUGCGAAGCGUUAGCGAACGCGUUGAUGUUGUUGAAUAAUAGCGGUGAUGGUAGUAAUAGUAAUAGCAACGCCGACGACGAGUACGGUUGCAAAACGAGACGACGACAACGAAUCGCGAGCAAAACGAAACGAGCGAUUGAGUUGUGGGACCUUCUGGAGCUUUUAUACAAGAAGGACGAACUCGGCGCGCAGAGAGGUUCCGCCGCGGAUACGUUUCGACGCAAACAAAGUCUGAGCAAAUGGUUGAAAAGAUCUUUGAAACGCGCGGAGAUGGAGAAGGCGUUGGAAAUGGACGCGCAACCGAUGGAUUUUGACGACGACGACGACGACGACGACGACAACAACGACAAAAAAGAGAAGAACAACGAUCCAGUCUCUGUGGCAUUGUCGCGUAACGAUAUCGUUUUAGCGACGCAAUUAGCUUUGAACGAUGGCGACAUGCGAUUAGCAACCAUCAUCGCGCAAACUGGGGCGAGCGAUAACAUCAAAAAUCUCGCCAACGCGCAGUUGAACACGUGGGAGAACGCGUUCGGUACCGCGACGAACAAGUACAUCCCCGCCGCCACUCGAAGCGUGAUGGAACUCCUAGCGGGUAGAGUGGAAACGACGUCGAGCGAAGACGGAACCUCGAGAAAUGCGACGCCAGAAACGAAGGAUUGGAUCGAAAAUCUUUCCAGGCGCGUGUGGUUUCAUCACAACGUCGCGGAGACGACGGAAAAGAUUUUAGAAAGGUACGAGAGAGACAUUCUAGAGGACAAAAACGGAAUUUUGAAAGAUUCUGCCGCCGCGCUCUUCCCGCACCCGAGCGGCGUGAGUCAAGACGCGUUGGUUGAACACAAGUGCGAAGGCAUCGUGAAGGAUGCUAGAUACGACGCUUUGCUGUUAACUUCUUUAUCUUCUGCUUCUUCUUCAGCCACCGCCGCCGGCGGCGCGAGGAAUACCAGCAGUUCGAACGGACAUCCGUUCCAUCAGCUCGGCUUUGGCGAAGACUUUUUGGAGUUUUCAAACUCGUGGAUGGCGACGCAGUUCGUCCUCUCGCAACAAUCAUCGUCGAAAGCGUCCGCGUCGUUGUUGUCACGCAGAGGUGACCAGUACACCGAGAAUCUCAUCGGUCAAAUCUCCCAACUCAACGCGUAUUUCGCGAGCGAGGACGAGAAAAAUAACGAAGAAAACAGGCUGCCUAAGAUUGAGUGCGACUGGCUUCUUUUCGUCGCUUUAUUCAUUCGAGACGACUCGAAACGCGAACGCGCGUGUAAACGAAUUCUCACGGAGACCGUAACCGAGUGGAGAAAGUCAGCGGUGAAAUUAGACAUUCUUGCGCGGAAAUUCCAAAUGCCCAAGAAAUGCCGGUACUGA